AUGAAACGUAUUAACUGUUCGAACAAUACAUCGUUGGACGACAAUGCAAGUGACAAUGUUUCUAAACGCAAAUGUAUAGAACACAACACGAACAAUAGAAAUUCAGCGAUUAUUGCAGUAAAUAAUGAUGAAUCCCAUUUAACAACAUCGAAUUUUAUCGAUCCUGAAUUACCUCUGGAAGAAAAUUGGAUAAUUAAUACCGAUAAUGAUAACAUUUUUCCUAGAUCCACGAGUGUUAAUGAUAACACAAAUGAUAUAAUAGCUCUUGAAUCGUUUGUGAAUGAACAAUUCGAACAACGAAUGGCUUUUUUCAAAAAUAAUCCAAAUAUAUUGUCAACAACAAAAUCGAAUAAUCAAAUGAAUAACGAUUCGAAUUUGUUUACCACCGGUGCUUUCUUGGAUUUGGAAACAAAAGUUUAUGGUGAGAACUGGACGAUUCCAUUGAAACGUAAAGAAUCAUUAAGUGCAUGUCUUUUAUCUGCUACUAACCUUGCUCUCCUUGGUAUUGCUGAUGAAGAUGAAUGUUGCAAAAAAUUCAUGGAAGUUCUUAUUCCCGAAGCUUUUAGAAAAUUACAUUGUUCACAUCAUAUUAAUAAUUGGUCACAUGAAGUACAACUCAGCAUAUAUGAAAUAACAAUAUUACUAAUCGACUUAAUUGCUGCUCGACUUUCAUAUACACCUGUGCCUAUUCAAUUACUUUCAACAUUGGCUAUACUCUUCGAUUCAAAUUCUGUUUUUCACCAGAAGCAUAAAAAUCAAUCGUUUCAAUAUUGUUUCUCUAAUGAAGAAUUAGAUGAUCGUUUACUAUCGUGUCCUUCAUUUUUGUUGAUCACGUCGAGUGAUACACACGGUUGGCUCUGUCAAAUUAUUAAUCGAUUUGUGGAACAAAAAGGAAUUCAGAAUUUGGCAGAACAAUUUGAAAAUUAUCAAUCAUUCACUGCCUUGGAAUACAAUGCUCUACUAGCUCCAUUUGUUAAUUGUAUAAAUUAUAUUAUGAAAGGAAAGUAUCGAAUGUUAUUCGGUAAAGAUAUUGAUCAAAUAUUUAAUUAUAUCGAAAAUUUAAAAGAACAAGAUUUUCAUAUUGAACUCGCUAAACUUAUUGAAAAUAAUACAUUAAUCCCACAUGAUGUACUCACCGCAUAUAUAAUGGAAAAUUCAAUCCUAUGGAAAGCACUUGAAGGAAAUAUCGCUCAAAUAGAAUAUAUGAAAAAAGUGUGUGUACUAAUAGGUUUUGCUGCACCGCACUUUUUGAAAGAGGAUUUUGAAAAGUUAUGGAAAAUGCAGCAUGGUGAAUUAUCCUUCAUAUUUGCUGAAAUAGUCAAAUUCAAUUCAGAACAGCUGAAUCAUUUAAUUGAUUGUAUCGAUGAAUCGUGGAAAACACAAACGAUGCCUAUGCAUAUGGAGUCUAUCGUAUUGUUAGGUGAAAUUGGUCUUAAAUGUGAAAAACAAUCGACUGCUCGGAUUUUACAAGUUUUAUGGGACGCGACACUUACUAACGGUUUAAGUCCAUCGAUGCUCGACUGUUUCCUUCGUAGUCACUAUCAAAUUCUUAGCGAAGAUCGUUCGGAAUACGACGAAUUCGGACGUGAUUAUAGUGCCAAAUGCAUAGAACUUGUUCAGCGAAAAGAAGUUUGGCACGCACGCUCGGUCAAAUAUCUCAACGAAAUAUUGCGUCUUGAUCCUACAAAUAAUAAAAAUUUUAUUGAAAUCUUAGUUAACAAAUAUAAUAUCAUCAAUGUUCUAAUUGAAAACCUUUCAAAUAUUCAACAAGAUAUGUGGAACAAGACGGAAGGUAGUGUAAUGCCCGACACAUUAGUUGAUGGACAUCUCACAUUCCAAGAAUCGACGAAAAAUCAUCUUGAAAUACUUUCAUCUGUGUUAAAAAGAGGCAAUUCUUCUUUUUUACACAAACAUACCGAAGAACUUUGGGAUAUUUUGAUAACUAAUGAACGAGCUAGCACGUGCGAUCGUGAAUUCGGUUUUAGCUGGUUUAUGGAUUGUGUAGAGCAUUUCAAUCGUCAAACUCAAAUUACUCUCUUUAACGAACGUAUCUCGAAGCUCAAUCCAAUUUAUUAUUGUCCUAAAGGUAAUGCUUGCUACAAACUUUAUUCCGAAAGAUGCAAUGAAUUACGAAAUUUAGUCUCGAAUGCAAGCACAUCAUCGAUGAAACCAAUUAUUAACAGAGAUUUGAAUGCUUUAGUUCACAUUUAUCAAGGUGAUCUAAUAGUCGAACAAAGCGAUGCUAUCGUUGUAUGUUCGUUGUCAACGACUUUGCAUGAAAGUGUUUUGAAAAUCGGUGGAGAUUUGAUGAAGUACUCAUUUGAAACUGAAUACAAAAAUAAUCCAACCGCCCCUAUCAUUUCUAUUGCAGCUAGUGGUCAGCUAGCAGCGAAAACAGUUUACUUUCUUCCAUGGAGACCUAAUAUAGAUAACAUUAAAUGUUGUGAAUCAAUUAGAAAAUUUGUCUCAAAUGCAAUGGAAAAAGCAGCAAGCGAAAACUAUAAUAGUAUUGCAUUUCCCGCUGUCGGUUGCGGUCAAUACGGAUGUUCAAUCAGUUUUGUGGCUUGGACACUUGUUGAUGAAGUUUUUCGUCAACUAGUAAAGUAUCCUCUGUCUGUUUCCUUUGUGAUACUACCAAAUAGAACAGAUAUUUACAACGAGUUCCAAGCACAAAUUAACAUAAUUCAAGAGACCUCAGAAAUAAAAUCUUUAUCAGUAGCCAUUGGAAAAGGAACGGUUGAAGUUGAAAUAGGUGACAUAACAACGCAAAAAGUUGAUGUUAUCAUUGGAAACUCAUCGUCAGAUAUUUUAAAGAAAGAAAUAAUGAAUGCAGCUGGUAACGAUGUUAAAAUAGCGUAUGCAAAAGAAUAUGAAAAUAAUCAAAAAUCGCUCAUACUCUCAAUUCCAUCUGGUAAGCUACCAUGUAAACAGAUAUUUUUUAUCAAAUGGGAUCCAGAUAGAAAUGAAGAUGUUCUUCAACAAUCAAUCGUUGAUUUUAUAUGGAAUAUUAUUCAGAAUGUUAUUUUAUAUAAAUUUACUUCAGUUGCAUUUCCAGCUAUUGGAUGUGGACAGUACCGCUGUCCUACAAAUAUUGUAGUUAAGACGAUGGUUAAAGAAAUUAAACAUCAACUUGCAAUGAGAAGUAUACCAUUAACAGUGAAGUUUGUUAUUCAAUCUAAACAACAAACUAUUUUUAAUCAGUUUUGUAAUCAAAUCUUGUCAUCCCGAGAAGAAUUUGGAACGUCAAUCGAUUAUCAACUACCGUCAACAUGGGAGCAAUCAACGGGAAAUAAAUUACGUUUUGUCGUACCAAGCAAUAGUGCUGAAUAUAAAUCGAUCAUCGCUGAUUUCGAUCAGACAAUGAAUAGAAAAUAUACUGCAAUAAUACAACUCGAACGAAUUCAAAAUGAACGAUGGUAUGCACAAUAUGUAGCACAUAGUAAAGAAUUUCGACAACGGCUUAAUACAGAUACUGAAAAAUGUCUGUACCAUGGUUGUUCUCAACAGGUAGCAGACUCGAUUAUUAAAAACUGUUUUAAUCGAAGUUUUGCUGGAAAACAUGGUACAGUAUAUGGUGUUGGUGUUUAUUUUUCAUCGUAUGCUGAUUAUAGCCAUAGUUUUACUGAUCCAGAUUCGAAUGCAGAACGAUGUAUGUUCAUGGCUCGUGUGCUCAUUGGAAAUACAACUCAAGGAAAUAGUUCAAUAAGGAGUCCACCCGAUGGAUUCGACUCGACAACUAAUGGAAGACAUAUUUUUGUGAUCUAUCAUGAUGCACAAGCUUUUGCCGAAUAUUUAAUCACCUACAAAUAG